AUGAAGCGUGCUAGAGAUAUUAGAGACCAGCUUGAGGGACUCUUGGAGAGGGUUGAGAUUGAGCUGGUCUCAAAUCUCAGUGAUUACGAGACCAUAAAGAAGGCCAUUACAUCUGGCUUCUUCCCUCAUUCCGCAAAGCUUCAAAAGAAUGGAUCUUAUAGAACAGUCAAACAUCCACAGACUGUUCAUAUACAUCCCAGCUCAGGGCUGUCACAGGUGCUUCCGAGAUGGGUUAUAUACCAUGAAUUGGUACUUACAACCAAGGAAUAUAUGAGACAGGUAACAGAAUUAAAGCCAGAGUGGUUAGUGGAAAUAGCUCCUCAUUAUUACCAGCUGAAGGAUGUUGAAGAUUCGAUGUCAAAGAAAAUGCCCCGGGGAGAAGGGCGCCCACAGCAGGAUUGA